AUGCUCGUCAGAGUUAGGUCGAAGGACGGAAACUUCCGCUUCGAGCUCCCUCCUACGGCCGACAUAUCAGAACUCGCGGCCAAGAUCCUUGAGACCACGACAGAUGCGGAUCCAGCGACCUUGGCGAUCUCGGAUCGCCCUCGCGGCAAUGAAACCUUGGUGUCGACGCUGAAGGGUAGUGAUCUGCAAGCGCUAGGCAUCGCUCAUGGUACAAUGGUUUUUGUCUCGUACCAACCCCGUGCCGCCGGGACGGCAAACGCGGCGCCCGCUGCUGAGCCGUUUGAGAAGGCACAAACAAGCAGCAGUUCAGGGAAGCGUCCAUGGGAGUCUGUGCUGGAGGACCCAGUGGACACCUAUUGGCGGUCGCAGGAUGGCAAAAUCCCUCGCAAUCGCGACCCCAAAUUCUGCAAGCAUGGCGCGAAUGCCAUGUGCGACUACUGCAUGCCCCUCGAGCCAUACGACACAGCCUACCACGCGGAGCACAAUAUCAAACACCUGUCCUUCCAUGCCUACCUCCAGAAGUUAACGCCCAAGUCUUCCGGUACCGCCUCGUCGACGGCACUGCUCCCUCCCCUCUCGCAGCUCUCGUACAAAGUGAAAGACCCAUGUCCGAGUGGCGGACACCCGCCUUGGCCUGCGGGAAUCUGUACGGCUUGUCAGCCGUCUGCGAUUACGCUGCAGAGCCAGCCAUUCCGUAUGGUGGACCAUCUCGAGAUCGCAUCAGAGGCAAUUAUUGACCGGUUUCUGCAUGCAUGGCGAAUGACCGGUCUGCAGCGGUUUGGGUGGCUGAUCGGGCGAUACGAGCCGUACGACAAAGUGCCUAUGGGCGUCAAAGCCGUUGUGGAGGCUGUUCACGAGCCACCUCAGGAAGGCGAGCUUGACGGGUUGUCGUUAGGCCUACCAUGGGAGGAUGAGCCAAGAAUACGUGCACUAGCGAAGGACACAUCGUCUCCUCUUCAAAUUGUCGGUUACAUCUUCACUGACCUGGAGCCAGUGCCGGAAGACAGGACAAAGAGCAAGUAUAAGCGUCAUCCUCAGUCAUUCUACCUCUCCUCACUGGAAGCCAUCUUCGCGGCACAUGUGCAGAAUGCCAAUCCUACUCCGACUAAGUCGUCCCCGACCGGCCUGUUCGCUUCGCGCAUGGUGACGGCAGUGCUGACAGGAACGGAGUCCGGCGGCAUUGACGUCUCAGCGUACCAAGUCUCGGAGCAAGCCUGUGCGAUGGUGGAAGCUGACAUGAUCGAAGCGAGCGUUGAGCCUGGCAUCGUGCGCAUCAAAGAGGAGGAUCGCAGCGAAGACACAGCGCGAUACGUACCAGACGUGUUCUUCCGAUACAAGAAUGAGUACGGCCUUGAUGUGCAGAAGAGUGCGAAGCCUUGCUUCCCCGUGGAGUACCUGCUCGUGAACGUAUCGAACGGCUUCCCGCAGAACCCAUCGCCUCUCUUCCGUUCAACAGAGUUCCGCAUCGAGAACCGACCAGGGCUAGAGGAUCAGCAUAUCGAGACCGUACUGCGGGCUCUCUCAGACUUGAGAGCACCAGACAUCCCGGAGAGCUCACGGGGCGGUGAUCCGCAACUGCGUUUGGCAUUAGCCAAGUGGCUCAGUGACUGGCAUCUCAUCGCGUUCUUGGGCACUACGCAACUGAUCCAUGCAAAUGACAUGAAAAUUCUGGUCCGCACGGCUACUGCGCCAAACCUGGACGACCCUACCGUCCUCGACGAGCUCAUACGUACGGAGGGAUGGCAAACACUCAUGACCUUUACUCGCGAGACCGCGCCUCCACCACUUCCGGCCACGUCCGCCCCAACCGCACCCACGCAGACUGCUAUGGACGAAGACAUACCGCGGGAAAUCUACGAUCAGAUUGCACGAGAACAAGCCGAGUGGAAUACAGGGGGAGGCGGCGGCGGCAGCGGCGGCGGAAACAUCCGAAUCUGUCCUCAUUGCACAUAUGAGAACACACACGGUGGCAGUGAUUGCGAAGUCUGUGGAUUGCCUCUAGAGUAG